GUCCCGUGGGCAGUCAACGGCCACUCGGUCGUUCAGGCCUCGGUGGUGUCUGUUCCCGGGGGACCUGAGAUCGAAACAGGCACGAAUGUUCUCUUCUGUCUGCAGUGCGGAGCCUCGGUAGGUAAGCACUUCUCCAGGGGAGCGGGGCUCGAUGCGGCCUGCCUGGGGAGAGACGCCCCAGGCCUCAGGACCCAGAGAGCCCGCCUCAGGAAAGGCCAAUACCCAGGUCGACAGAACGCGGUGCUGGAGGCCUACCGCGCGCCCUCGCAGGUGCUGCGAGAUCUCUGGCGCGCGCGCCUCCCGUCCUUGGCCGCCGGCGGCGGCCUCGAGGAUGUGGGGAUCGUGUCGUCUUCGCAGGCCCUGAUCGCGUACAACAAGUACCUGAUCGACCACGAGCGUUUCCCCUUCGCGGUCCCGCUCGUGCUUAUGCACACCGCCUUCUGCUCAGCGGCGUCCGCCGCGCUGUACGUUCUCAGGCCGUCGCUCUUCCCGUCGCUCACGGACCCGGACCGGAGGGUCGUCGUGGACCGAAGCCUCAUGUGCAAGGGCGCAAUCCCGAUCGGCUUCUUCUUCGCCGGCCAGCUGGUUCUGAGCAACACGGCCUACCUUCACUCGUCCGUGUCGUUCCUGCAGAUGCUCAAGGAGGCCAACCUCGCCAUCGUGUAUCUGCUGUCUCUGGCGUUCGCCUUGGAGAAGUUCAAUUGGUGGAGUGCACGGAUGCUCUUGCUGGUCGCCGUCUUCACUGGGAUGACCAUCCACGGCGAGCUGAACUUUUCCAUCACGGGGUUCGCCAUCCAAGGCCUGAGCCAGUGCUUCGAGUGUCUGAAGAUUGUCCUUCAGGCCAUGCUGCUGUCUAGCGCCGGCAGGAAGCUCGACGCGCUGACGUACGUGAUGCUGGUGAUGCCCAUCUGCUUCAUGGUGCUUCUGGCCCUGCUCGGGGCCCUCCACCUCAUCGGGCCCGGGCAGGACAUCCUCAGGACGCCGCACCGGGAGGACCUCGCCGCGUGGUGGCCGCACCUCGCCGCCAACACGCUGCUCGCCUUCACGCUCAACGUCGUCAUCGCGCUCUUCGUGAAGCAGAGCUCCGCCAUUGCCUUCCUGCUCGCGGGCAUCGUGAAGGACGCCAUGAUCGUGAUCAGCGCCGCCGUGUUUCUGCGAGAGACCAUCACGCCCCUGCAGGCGGUCGGCUUCGCGCUGCAGCUCGGGACCAUCACCGUGUACUCGCUGGUCAAGACGUUCCCCGACCACUUCGAGCAGGGCGUGCUGCUGGGCCUGGGCGCGAUGCUGUGCGGGCGAGGCCCGCAGGCGGCGAAGAAGGCGGCACAGGAGGCGAGGGAGUACGGGUCCGUCGAGGGCGGGGAGCGGGCGAGCUGAGGGCGGGCGCCGCCGCGCCGCCGCCGGCGUCGGCGCAGAGGGCCUCCGAGGGGCGGCGGCCUCCGAGAGGAAGCUGGGCGCUCCUCGUGCCCCUCCCUCCCUCUCUCGUCGUCGUCGGCAUCUCAAGGUUCAAUCCGGCGGCAGGGCUUUUCGGAGCAGUGCCUCGCUCCGGAACGUCCUGCUCACCAACUCUUGAGGGGCCGCGGCCCCCCGCUCCGCUCUCGAUAGGGAUGCGCCCCCGCGCGCGUCUCCUCGCUUCUCGCCGGCUCGUCGCCCAGAGAAGCUCGGAUGUCCGUUCACGGGAGCCUCGAGCGGCGACAGUGACAUCAGCUUCUUCUGCAUCCGCAUCGGGGCCGCAUGUGGCCCUGCCGCCUGCUCCCGCUCGCCCUUCCUGCUUCCCCCCCUCCUCCUUCUUCCCGCCCCCAGUGGUGAAGGAGCGAAUCCGGCCCCAAUUUUUGUACCC